CUAUCUACCACAAUUCUAUGUCACCCUUUGCUUCUGCUCUCGACAUAUCAACAUGGUGUUCCUGAGGGACGUUUUGCUUCAGCCUGCUUUCCCAGAUGGCACUGCUGGAUUUUACACACUACCAGGAGCCGGCAAACCCACUCUAUCCCAGAAGAACUGGGUGGCGGGCUAUAGAGAGGUCACGCGGUUUACACUCCUGAUUGACCCUGACCAAGGCCAGAUCGACGGCCUGUUCGGGAAUGAAGACGCUCUGGUCGACCAUCUUCUAAACAAGGACGUGAGCCCUUUGAACGGCACUGUCGAAUGGUUGCAGAGUGAGGGCGACAGUGUCAGGACAUUCUACACCAAUGUCUCACUCCCCAUCCAGCUCGCCUUCCAGACACCCCAUGGCACGCCAUUCAUCGUCCAACGGUCAGAAUCAGGACCUCUUGGCCCAACCGAUGUCACGCAGACCAUCGAUUUCACUUGGGGCUGGGGGGAGCACUGCCUUAUGAUAGGAGAGUUGAAACGGCAUGGGAUAAUCGAUUUCGAAAGGUGGACAAAUAGGCUCGAUCCUGAUAGCAAUCGUAUUCGGCUAGGAAAGGAGCUGAGAGGAUACUGCCAUAAAUACAAAUGCUUCGCUGCAUCGGUAUUCGACGGCCAGCACCUCCUGAUCCUUGUGUUUCACGCUCAGACCGCGCAGCAGAUCCGGGCAGACUGCCAGAUCACUUGCCUUCUGUUCUCAAGCAACUGUCCAACAUUGCGGUAUGGUCUCUUCCGGACAGUGAUCUACCAGAUUCAGAGAAUGCAAGCUGCCACGGCCCCCUCAGUGAUAUUGGAUGGCUAUACUCGCGGAUUUAGAUGGCUGUCAUGGCAGACUUUCUGGUCGGAUGGGAACCAGGAACACGAUCAACAUCCUAAUGGCUAUAUACGGAUGUUCGAUAACUCGUGUGGCGCAUGGUAUUGGGCGUAUGCGGAUAGAAAUGGAACUGCUGUGUUGGACCAGAACGGGGGGGUUGUUUGGGAUACGGGAAGUCUCGGGUUGUGA